AGCGGAAGUUCUACUUACAAGGACCACCAUUUUUCUACCAAACAAUGUAGAUCUAGAUUUCGUCUCAAUCACUUACUGAUCAAGUCCUGUUUCGUCCCAUUCAGUCAUUAGGCGGGCUUGUGAAUUGACAUCUGUCUGCAAGUGAGCGUUUGAUGAGGAAUGCAGGAAACAGGAGGAAAUGUCAGCUUCUGACCAGCUCAGCUACAAUGACACAUUUGAGAACGAAGAGUCAGAGAUAGAUGAUGAGAGAGCUACUGCUGACGAUGGCGACGAUGAAAGGGAAGAGGAUACUCACUAUGACCGCUACUCGACAGAAGAGUUUGACGAUGCUGACCUGUCGACACUGCAGACCUAUAGGGAGAGCCAACGCUGUUCCAGUAGCAGACGACAAUUGGUCUCACACUCUGAGACUCAGAACAAAAGAAAAGAUGAUGCCAACGAAAACGCUGCUGAUAAAGAAGCGGAGGAAGAAAAAGAAGUAACAGAAGUAACGGGAGUCAGCGAAGAUGAAACUGAACUGGUCACGUCUGCUGAAGACAAUCUGUCUGAUCCAUCUCCACCUCUGGAAGAAAAGAAACAAAAACAAGCAGUGAGCAUGUCCGAUAAACUUUGCCUCGACCAGUGCCAGUUGUCAGGUAAGCGAGUACUGAUGCGUGUGGACUACAAUGUACCAAUGAAAGAUGGCGUGAUCACCAACAAUCAGAGAAUCAAAGCCACGCUGCCCACCAUAAAGUACAUCAGGAAGAAAGGGGCUAGGUGUAUAAUAUUAAUGAGUCACUUGGGCAGACCAGACGGUCAGAAAGUUGCAGAGUUUUCACUGAAACCUGUAGCCGUAGAGCUACACAAACUUUUGAAGAAGCCAGUUACAUUCCUAGAAGACUGUGUUGGUCCUGAGGUUGAAGCAGCCUGUAGAGAGCCACGCCAAGGAAGUAUUAUCCUUCUAGAGAACCUUAGGUUCCACAUUGAAGAAGAAGGUCAAGGUCUUGAUGAAUCUGGAAAUAAGAUCCAAGCUAAACCUGAAGAUGUUGAAGCUUUCCGUAAGUCACUGAGCAGCCUUGGGGAUGUCUUUGUCAACGAUGCCUUUGGCACAGCUCAUCGGGCACACAGCUCCGUGGUUGGUUGUACAUUACCUCUACGUGCUCUAGGUUUUCUGAUGAAGCAAGAAGUUCAUAGCUUCGCUAACGUCUUGGAAAAUCCGAAAAGACCUCUACUUGCUAUUCUCGGUGGUGCCAAAGUAUCCGAUAAGAUUCUGUUAAUUGAAAAUCUUUUAAACCUGGUGGAUGAGAUGAUCAUCGCUGGAGGAAUGGCUUUCACGUUUUUGAAGGUCAUACAAAACAUGUCUAUCGGGAAUUCCCUGUUUGAUGAGCAUGGCGCAGGGAUAGUGAGUAAUAUCAUGGAAAAGGCCAAGAACAACAAUGUAGCGAUUCACUUUCCUGUGGAUUUCCUAGCAGCUGACCAACUAGCUGAAGAUGUCAACACUGAAACUUGUACUGUAGAGGAUGGGAUACCUGAAGGUAUGAUGGGAUUGGAUGUCGGAGAGAAAAGUAACCAACUCUUCUCUGAGGUCAUUUUAAGGGCCAAAACACUCGUGUGGAACGGGCCUCCGGGAGUUUUCGAAAUGACCAAGUUUGGGUCUGGCACAAAGGUCAUGAUGAACGCUGUGGUGAAGGUGACCAGAAUGGGGGCUGUCACUAUUAUAGGUGGUGGAGAUACGGCCACAUGCGCUAAAAAGUUCAACACAGAACAUUUGGUGAGUCACGUGAGUACCGGAGGAGGCGCCAGUCUUGAACUUCUGGAAGGGAAAAUGUUACCUGGGAUUGAGGCGCUGUCUGAUGCACCAAUACAAAGGGAUAUGGACAAAUUAAGGUUGAGUCAAUGUUUUUUGGCCGGGAAGCGUGUGAUGAUCAGGUGUGACUUAGAUGCGCCAUUACACCAGGAAGGCCUCGUCCAACACUGGAAGUUGUCAGCAGCCUUGCCUACCAUAGAGUACGUUUUGCAGCAAAACCCCGAAAAAGUCCUUCUGCUCAGCCAUAUGGGCCAUCCGGGUGGUCGAGUUAAUCUGAAGUAUUCCUUAAAACCCCUGGCCUGGGAGCUUGAGACUCUUCUAAACAGGGAAGUUAUUUUUGUAUCUGACUGCGUCGGUCCGGAAGUAGAGAAACAAUGUUCUGAUGCGCCACCUGGUUCCUUCAUACUUCUAGAAAAUGUUCAGUUUCAUCCUGAGGAAGAAGGUUUUGGAAGAAAAGAUGGUCAGUGGGUGAAGAGCACACCAGAAGACAUUCAGGAGUUUAGGCGAUCCUUGAGCAGUUUAUGUGACGUAUAUAUCAAUGAGGCUUUUGGAUCCAGUCACUUGGCCCACAGCUCCAUCGUAGGUGUCGACGCUCCUCAGAAAGCCUUGGGUUUGACCUGCACUAAAGAGAUGAUCGCGGUGGAAGACUUUGAGCGUGACGACAAAAGGCCCUACUUGGCCAUUGUUGGAGGCUUGGAAACAGCUGAGAAAUUGUUCUUCUUAGAAGACAUCCUGAACAACGUCAAUGAAGUGAUUGUUGUAGGCGAACUGGCGAACUAUUUCUUAAAAGUCCAAGGCUUAGAAUUACAAAGUCGUUUGUACGAUGAGUAUGGAGUAGAGCCAGGUCUACAAAUACUUGAACUAGCUGCCAAAAAUGGCGUCCAAAUUUACUUACCCCAGGAUUUUAUUAUCGGGAAUGAGAAGUCACACAACGCAAAAGUAGAAAUGCUUGACGCUACAGAGACGAUACCAGAAGGUUGGACUCUAUUAGACAUAGGAGAACAGAGUUACAGUCAGUUUAAAGGUGUCAUCAACAGAGCCAACAAAAUUGUUUGGUAUGGGCCACCUGGUGUCUGCGAGAUAGACAUUUUCUGUGCAGGAACCAAGUCUCUAGUAGCUUCUAUAGGAGAGUCAUUGAAAUCAGAAGCUUCAGUCAUGAUUCUAGGGGAGAGUACAGUCAACACUUGGCUGGUGUGGAAAGAUCAAAGUGUUGAUUGUCCAGUAAACAAAAACGGAAGAGCCGCCAUGUCAUUUCUUGCCGGAAACGAGUUGCCAGGUGUCGCCAUUUUAGACAACAAUCCAGAUCGAAAAAAAGUAAAAAAGAAAAAAAAGAAGAAAAAGAAAAAGAAGAAAAAACUGGAGCCACUGUUUGAAGAAGAGCUAGAACCGGAAACAGUUCCUACAGCCGAGCCAGCUCCAGAACCUACACCACAGGCAAGCCCAAAGAAGUAUGUGCCACCAUACAACAAGAAGUUGCCACCUCUCAAAACUUAUGAAAAACCCAAACCGCGAAUAAAAUACACAGGGGCGCCACCUCCAGGUCAGAGCAAGCCAUAUGUUUCACCUUUGUUCAAACUGAAGCCCUGGAUACCGCCCCCGCCACCACCAUCUCCGCCCAAGAAGCCACUCGUCCCGCGUCUGUCGGGUCAGCCGGAACCGCGCCCAGUGACAUAUCACCCUCCUUUGACGGGAUCAGAGGUACCUUACAGUCAAAAGUAUAAAAUUGGUGAGGCAGGCAAACCUGGUCCUGGGUUCACACUCCAUCAAAUCAAACCUUUGCCUCCAAUAACUGAGCUCCAGGCUGCCGAGCCACCUAAAAGUCAAAGAGUUCCAAUCCAACUUCCUACAGUCGCUAAAAUUGAUUCUCGAGGAAACCUUACUAUUGGCAUUGAAGGGAAUUCCAAAAAUAUUCCACCAGGUGUCACUGUACAGGUGACUUUGGUCAGUGGAUACGCUCCAAUGGAUAACCCCACGAGAUCGUAUUUGCCGACUAGACGUAACAACGCCAAGUUCCAACUCUGGUCCAAGCUGGUUCCACUGCCUCCAGAGUUUGCAGAGUUUGACUCCAGUCCUGUAGACGACCUACCUGGUCGAGGCAAGUUCCCGAGACUCAACACAACCAUGACAUAUGAGAACUACGUCCGAUACCGACGCAUUUUUAACUGACCAAAGUCUAUGACAACAACCACUGACCACAACCUUGUUCGGACCAAAUCUGCUAGGAUACAGAGAGCACAUCUCGAACUUCUCUAAACAGGAGAGUGCCGAUUAUCCAAACUGCUUCAAAUCUGUGACAUUUGCAUGAAGAAACCAAGAGCAGAACUUCAACAUUGACUGGAACAGUUUGAGUUUCUAGACCUACACUAAUCAAAUAUGUCAAUGCCAGCCCUGCGUCCAGAGUCAAGUUUUUUAUCCGGGACUUACCUAAUCAACUUCGUGGUGUACGGAUGUAUCCAUGGAAACCGCCAUCACAUUUUAAUCCCGCAGCCAGAUGUAGUAGAAAAUAGUCCGCACUUUCAAUGCAAUAAAUAGAUCUACUAUUGUUGAUAGAAAAUAAACAAAAAUAUGUUUUUC